CGCCCCGCUGCCCUGGUUUCGAUUCCCCACUAGCGCUCCUUCCUGCACCGCAGCCCUGGUUUCGAUUCCCCACUAGCGCUCCUUCCUGCACCGCAGCCGCCUGAAACUGUGGAGGUGAAUGGCGAGCGCAGCGGCGAUCAGCCGAACACCUGGGGGGCCCGGUCCCGCCGAGUCAGAGGUAGCCUGUGGCUGGCGCUGCCCUGAGCACGGCGACCGCGUGGCCGAGCUCUUCUGUCGCCGCUGUCGGCGCUGCGUGUGCGCGCUUUGCCCGUUGCUGGGCUCGCAUAGGGACCACCCAGUGGGCCUGGCGUUGGAUGAAGCGGCACGCGUGCAGAAACUCACCCAACAAUGUUUAAAGCAGCUGGAAAUCAAGAAGCAGCAGGAAGUUGGCAACAGAAGGCAGAUAGAAGAUGCGGCUGAGAAGCUCAAGGCUCAUGCAGAGUCAAGUAAAAUCUGGCUGGCGGGGAAAUUCACUGAACUCAGAUUACUACUUGAUGAAGAGGAAUCCAUGGUCAAGAAAUUCGUUGACAAAAGCACACAGCACACCCUCCAGGUGUACAGGGAGCAAAUCCAGGCCUGUGGGGAGCAAAUCGACCUCCUGAACAGCCUCUCCAACAGGGUCUGGAGUAUCAGCCAGGAGCCCGAUCCUGUGCAGCUGCUGCAGGAGUUCACAGCCACUGAGCAGGAGAUGAAGCAGCAGAUGACCUUGGGGGAGCUGUGCCACCCUGUGCCCCAAUCCUUCGAGCCCAUCAAGAGCUUCUUCAGGGGCCUCACGGAAGCCAUGCAGAGAACGUUACAGAAGCCACUGGAUGUCCGCUUGAAGGAAAGUCUCGGCCCAACCCACCUUUCCGACUUCACCUCCUACCCAUCCUGAGACUACGGCCUGCCUCUUGCAGCCACAGUGCUACGCUCCUGCCCCUCAGUCACUCCUGGGAUUCUACCAUACCUCCACUUUGCCUGCUUUGGGGUCCAGCUAAAAUGGCCAUCUCCCCCUCCCCUUCCUCUGCCUGGUCAAGUCCCACUAUCCCUGUGGGGCCAGCAGAGCUGCGCUUAUGUGGAAAGUCUUUCCAUGCCACCCCAGACUCACUCCCUCUCCUGGCUGUCUCCCCUUCUGCCCUUCCCUCCAGGGUCUGCACCAUCUCCUGUCUGGGGGUGUUUAUAAGCUGGAUUCAUGG